CUACGUGGUGUCCGGUUGCUCGCCAGGCCGGGAAGGAUGUGGAGGCGCCGGCAGCUGCUCUCGGCCGCGCUCUGCCUGCUCGCGGCCGCGGCGCUGGCUCAGUACGAGCGCUACAGCUUCAGGAGCUUCCCGCGAGACGAGCUGAUGCCCUUGGAGUCCGCCUACCGCUACGGCCUGGACCAGUACAGCAACGAGAACUGGCCCGAGAGCGUCAGCUACCUGGAGAUGAGCCUGCGGCUGCACCGCCUGCUGCGCGACAGCGAAGCCUUCUGUCACCUCAACUGCAGCACGGCGCGCCUGGAGCAGGAAGGGGGCGCCGAGGGCCAGGCGCCGCUGCCGCCCGACCGCUUCGACGGAUUCCCGGAGCUGCGCGCCUUCGCGGACAUCCUGCGCAGGGCGCAGUGCCUGAAGCGCUGCAAGCAAGGGCUGCCGGCCUUCCGCCAGUCCCAGCCCAGCCGGGAAGUGCUCGAGGAAUUCCAGCGCCGCGAUCCGUACAAGUUCCUGCAGUUCGCCUACUUCAAGGCAAAUAACCUCCCAAAAGCCAUUGCAGCAGCACACACAUUUCUUUUGAAACAUCCUGAUGAUGAGAUGAUGAAAAGGAAUAUGGAAUUCUACAAAAGCAUGCCAGAUGCUGAAGACUAUAUGAAAGAUUUAGAAGCAAAAUCCUAUGAGAAUCUCUUUAUCAGGGCAGUAAGGGCAUACAAUGGAGAAAACUGGAAGACAGCCAUCACAGACAUGGAGCUGGCACUUCCUGAGUUCUACAAAACCUACGAUGAUUGCUUAGCAGCCUGUGAAGUCUCCCGGGAGAUCACCACUUUCAAAGAGUUCUAUCUCUCUAUAGCAGAUCACUACACGGAAGUUCUUGAGUGCAAAAUGAAGUGUGAACCCGAUCUGACACCUGUCAUAGGAGGCUAUGCAGUCGAGAAAUUUGUGGCAACUAUGUACCACUACCUGCAAUUUGCCUAUUAUAAGUUGAAUGAUUUGAAGAAUGCAGCACCAUGUGUUGCUAGCUACAUGCUCUUUGACCAGAAAGAUGAAGUGAUGAAACAGAAUCUGGUCUACUAUCAAUAUCAUAAAGACAAAUGGGGGCUCACAGACGAAGACUUCCAGCCUAGACCUGAAGCAGUUCGGUAUUACAACAUCACAACACUUCAGAAAGAAAUGUAUGAAUACGCUAAAGAGUAUGUGAUGGAUGAUGAUGAAGGUGAAGUAGUAGAAUACCUGGAUGAACUCCUGGAAAUGGAUGGUGGAGCACAAUGACUUGGCUGAAACAAGCAUGAAUUUUAGGAACUGACUUCUGGCUGUCUUCCUUUGCAUCUCCAUGCACCACCUUUAGCUCAGGUGUUGGAAAUACCUCAAAUCUUUAUUAGGCUCAUUCAGCUGUCACCUGAAUCAUGAUGUGGGUUCUCAUGUCACAUGCCUGGGCUUUCCUUCUUCAUUUGAAGUUUUUUUUUUUUAAACACAUACUUUUACUCUUUUUUAAAAAAUAAGCACCAAGAUUCCUUCUGUACAUUCUGCUCAGCAAGCACAUCAUAGCUUGGGUGAAUCAAAAACAUGGUUUUAUAAUAUGGAUCUUUGUAAAUCACUCUGGGGACCCAUUUUUGGACAAAAACAGGGGCAAAAAUCCUUCAAAUUAAUAAAGUAAAUGAGGAAGAUAGGCACUCCUCUAUAUUUUUGGAAGGAUGCUACAUUUUAUGCAUAUUGAGAGUUCCUUCAACACUUAAGCUGAAAGCACUUACUCUGAAGUAAAUAGAUCCCCAAUCCUUUACACACCUGCCUGGGAAUAAUUUUCACUGAACUAUUCUCAGUAGACAUUUAUAGGAUUACACUGUUAACUGGCUUCAGUGAGACAUCACUAGAGACAACAGACUGAAGAGUGUGACUUAAUGCCAAAUGUUUAAGCAUUUUAUAUUAAGCCCAUUUAGCUGAGGUCCAGGUUAAAAAAAAGGGAAGGGUGAUAUUUGGGUUAUAAAAAAGGCAAGUUAUAAUUCAUUUUCUGCAUGCAUUAAUGAAAUUAAAUACAGAGUUUUCUCCAUGGAGGAGGAAAAAGUAGGCCAGAGCAGGUAAUGUCGCAGGAGUAGGUGGGUUUUCAGAACAAUGUCCCUGUUGCUAGGCUCAUCUGGUUGGUCCAUGGAAGCACUCAGGUCCUUGGACAAAAAGUAGUUUCCAUUCCCAGCAUAACCAUAAACAACCUCUAGUGCAAUGCUAAUAAGCACUUGUUGAACUGGCACUGCAUCAGCAGAAGUGUGUUGGAUACUGUGCAAUAUCUAUUCAUUUACACCCAAAUUUACUUACAUCACCACUUGCGGAGUGGGGUGCUUGACUUUGGCCCCAAAGUCCUCCCUGACAAUACCACUGCAGGGUGAAAACCCAUACCUGCCUACUCAGAAUUAAGCUUCAUUGGCUUCAACUGUACUUAAACCCAACUUAGAGUUGCAGUAUUACACCUUUCCAAAAAUUCUUUAUUGGCAUGACUACUUCAUCUAAACAUUUCAAUUUAUUUAAAUGUUUAUUCUUGUUGAAUAAAUAACUGAGAGAAGUAAAUGGACCAAAUUACAGGUACAUCACAGCAUUUUCCCCUACAGAGACAACAGAAUUUGUCUGUUUUCUGCCUUGAUGCUUCAGCAUGGAAUGCAUGUUACAGACUCAAUUCAUAUGGUACAAACACUUAUUUAUUACAAUUUCAUGUGUGAAUUUAAUUGUUUCUAUUUUCACAGGCCAUUUAUGACAAAAUUAGCUUCUAUUCCACAGCAGGUUUGCCAGCUUCUCUUUUAGUGCCUGCUUGUUUUUUUAACAGCAGUUUGAUAUGCAGCCAUUAUCAGGUGAUAACAUUUAUCUCCAGAUUUUACCUACUGAUUUCUGUUGCUCAGACUUCUGUGGCAAAGAAGCAGGGCAGCCCUCUUUUCUAGAUGCUUGACAAUCUUCAGUGGUAAGCAAACAUUACAAUUACUUUGUUGUUCACAUUUUCCUCAGAGCCAUUAAUGCCCGUGCAGCUUUUUUUCUUUUGCUCUUUGAAAUGGAUGUAGUGGAGAAGAAAUUAAGGGGAAAACUCCUUCUGCCAACAAACUGUGCCCCCUUGCAAGAAGCAUUUCAUUUUAUUAACUGACUGUUUUGUUAAAUGUAAUUGGUGGAAUUUUGAAGAAUUCUCUGGUUAAACUUAUAGGAGUGGACACCUUGUGGGCAUCCAGACCCCCAUCAUCCCACAACCUUGAAUAAGUGUGCUACGGUCAAUAAUAAUUGGAAGCCAAAACAUCUGGAGGGCCACAAGUUGCCCACCCCUGCACUAAAGUAACACCAACUGUGAUUUUUUCAAGUGUCUUUCUUUAGCCAGAGCUCAGGCUGCCUAACAAUAGUAGGCAGAAGUGGUUUUCAUUUCUAUAGCAUAAUCAGAAGGACUCAGCCUCCACUCUUUUACUACUCCCCGUCAUUAACUGUGAAAUUUACUGUAUCAGUAAGUUAAUAUUGUGUGCAGUGGUUCCUGCUAGGGUUUCCAACAGUUUUUCUGACAGAGGUACUGUGCCCACAGUCACUGCAAAUUCCAGCAGGUGAAACAUUACCCUGCAUGUUAAUCCAAUGAUGGGGAAAGCUUCAGGUAUCAAAUUUCUCCUAUCCUAGAGCAGCUAGAGGCUUGAAAGUCCCUUUGGAGGGAAAAUGUGUUUUCCUUAGCUGAUGCACCCUAACAUGUCUUUAUGCAAGAAACAGUUUUAACAUCAUUUAGCAAGGAGUCAAAAGGGGAGUAGAUGCAUAUGUCAGCCUGAGUUUCUUGGAGGAAAGGCAAGAUAUAAAUGUGCUUAAUAAAUAUUAAUAAUUUAAUGACACUACAAUUUUUAGGAUUGUGCUACCCAUUGAUAUUUAUAAAGGGUUACUGAGAUCUCCAAAGAUUUACAGAUUGUUUCUCAUAUGGAUUCACAAUUUGAAAUAUUCAUGUUCAGAAUGAUUGCUCAGGGCAAAUGGUCCCAUGCCUGUCAUUGUAUUUUUAUUAAUUCUCUUCCUGGUUUUCUUUCAUUCUGCUGUUCCUUUUUAUCUGUAGUCUAGAGACUCUGAGUUACCUGAACUAGGAAUGGUGCUUUACCUUUUGCUACUCUUCAUUGGGAGGUUGGUGCUGUAUGUUUGUACCUGAUUUUGAUACGGAUAAUCCAAGUGCCACUGUCUUAAACAAUAAAGUGCCUUAAAAAUCCA